AUGACGCAUUCCACAGACCUUCAGUGGCUGCUGGUUCGCCAGAACAGCAAGUACCUGCAGAAGCGCAACGGCAUCCGCCUGAGCAGCGACCCCUUCAACAACAAUGCGAACUGGACGAAGCGCCACUCUGGCCUGCUCAAUGCGAAGGCGGCAGUUGUGAAGACGAAGGGUGACUGCAUCAUCGUGACGACGAAGAACGGCGACGCAUGCAGCAAGCCCAAGUCGAUGUACAAGAAGACGGUGAUGGAUGCCGGCGUGAAGGCGUCUGCUGUGAAGAAGGCCGUCGCUGCGGUGCGCCCCGACCUCGCCCAUGUGGCGUUCCGCCGCGCGCGCAAGAUGGCGUACACGGUGAACCGCAUGAAGAAGGUUCAGGCCGCCCGCAAGGAGCGCUCGUCGAAGAUCACAUUCCAGCGCAAGGCUGUCCGUCCGAAGCGCCACUGA